AAUAUUCGCCUUCGGAUCCUACUGCAAUCAGAGCUUUCCUUUCAAGAACUCGGCAAUUCCCCCCAAAUAAAAUAAAAUCCAUUUAUAAUCAAUCAACAGCCAUUUUCCAAUAGCUCUUUUAAUCUCACUCUCAUUUAAACACUUAAUCAAUCAAUUAGGAAAGGAAAAUUAUGGAUUCGGACGAGGAGGAUUACGUGUUCUUCGGUACACCGAUAGAGCGGGAAGAGGAGAUCACCAGCCGUCGGAAGAAAGCCGCCGCCGAAGCUUCUGGUAACCUCCGCUCCCUCCCUCCCUGGAAGCAAGAGGUUAGAGAUGAAGAAGGACGCAGAAGAUUCCAUGGUGCAUUUACAGGUGGAUUUUCUGCUGGUUACUUCAAUACGGUGGGCACUAAAGAGGGUUGGGCCCCACAAUCAUUUACAUCAUCAAGGAAGAGCAGAGCUGAAGUCAAACAGCAGAGCAUUUUCAACUUUUUAGAUGAAGAUGAGAAAGCAGAAUUGGAAGGUACUUUGGGAACAUCUUCACAGUUUGACACAUUUGGAUUUACAGCUGCUGAGUUUGCUCGCAAACAAGCCGAUAAGGAGCAAAAGCAAAGGCCAUCUGCAAUUCCUGGACCUGUUCCUGAUGAACUUGUCCUGCCAGCCUCUGAGUCUAUAGGUGUGAAAUUGCUGCUGAAGAUGGGAUGGAGACAUGGUCGUGCAAUCAAGGAUUCUCGUGCUAGGUCAUUAUAUGAUGCUCGUAGAGAAGCUAGAAAGGCUUUUCUAGCAUUUGCUUCUGAGGAUGUGAAGGCACCAUAUCCUGCUAAUGAGCCUGAUGAAGAACCUGAAAGCUUCAUGGCGCAGCCUGUUGACAAUGAUACUCGAUCUUCUAAAAGCUUACCUGCUUUUGUGUGCAACCCUAAGCAGGAUUUACAUGGUUUAGGAUAUGAUCCAUUCAAGCAUGCUCCUGAAUUUAGGGAAAAGAAGAGAUUGCACCUGUCGAAUGAUAAGCAGCAUGGGUACAGGAAAGCUAUAUCAAUAAAAGAUAGUCUCUUUGGUUCCAAGUCAGGAAAAGCUGCUCCUGGAUUUGGAAUUGGUGCACUUGAAGAAUAUGAUGCUGAAGAUGAGGAUAUCUAUGGUGCUGGUUAUGACUUUGAAGAAACAUGCGUUGAAGAGGAUGAAGAGCCAUCAAUAUUGAGCAUAGAGAGUAAACAACCUUCAAGGUUGAGCAUAGAGAGUAAACAAAAGGUGGUUGCUAAAGAUCAGGGUGUUCUGCCUGGUUUCAAAGUUGCAUCAGUUUCUGACUACCAGUUAGAAAGGUUUGAUCCUCCUAUAAUCCCAAAGGAUUUUGUUCCACACCACAAAUUUCCUGGACCUCUUGAGACACUGAGGAAGCUCGAUGUUCCCUCUCCCCCAGAAGUUCCUCCUCCAGAUGAUAGUAAUCUGAAACUCUUAAUUGAGGGGGUUGCUAAAUUAGUGACUCGAUGUGGUAAAUUAUUUGAGGAUCUCUCAAGAAAGAAGAACCAGUCAAAUCCAUUAUUCAGUUUUCUUUCUGGAGGAGAUGGACAUGAUUAUUACGAAAGGAGACUGUGGGAGGAGCAUCAGAAACUUGGUGAUCAAGCCAAGCUGUCAUUGGAUGGAAAACAUUCCCCAAGUGCACGGAAGAUGACGGCAGAGGGCCGUGGCAAAUUAUUAGGAGAAAAACCUUUGGACAGAAGCACAAAAGAGACUACAAGCUCAUCAAUCGCAUCUAGGGAGUUUCAACUUCAGUUCAAUCUUUCUGAUACAUUUAAAAAACCUGAUUCAUUUAGUAAGUUGCCCGAAGUUGCAAAACCGUUCAAAGAUGAUCCUGCAAAGCAAGAAAGAUUUGAGCAGUUUCUCAAGGAGAAGUAUGAAGGAGGGCUUCGUUCUACUGGUUAUAGUUCGGCUAGUAACAUGUCAGAAGCUGCUCGUGCUCGUGAAAAAUUGGAUUUUGAGGCAGCUGCUGAGGUACUAGAGAAAGGGAAAUGGGGAAAGGAAAGCAUGGUUUCAACACAGCCAUUGGACUUUCUAGCCGCUGGAAUGCAGUUUACUUCUGGCGGACUAGAGCAAGUUAAAGAUACUCAUGCUGAAGAUUUGGUGACAAAGGAGAAGUACCCAAGAAGGGAGGAGUUCCAAUGGCGACCUUUGCCUGUUUUAUGCAAGCGCUUUGAUCUCAUUGAUCCUUUUAUGGGGAAGCCACCACCAGCCCCACGUGCGAGAAGUAAGAUUGAUUCUCUACUUUUCAUUCCAGAUUCUGUUAAAGGUGCUAAACCGGAAGAAGAUGCUAUUACAAAUAGAGACGUUCCUGCUGCUCAAACUGGCGCUCAAAAGACAAUUGAAGGUGCAGCUGAAGAGGAAAUUGAUAUUGUAGCUGAAAAUGUUGAAAGGCCCGUUGAUCUCUAUAAGGCAAUUUUUUCUGAUGAUUCUGAUGAAGAUGAAGAAGACACAAUUACCAAAAAGGUGGAGGAUCCGGAGAAGAAGAUUGAAGUGGCAACUACAACACUGAACCGUUUGAUAGCAGGUGACUUUCUAGAAUCCCUGGGAAAAGAACUGGGCUUCGAGGUUCCCCCUGACACACCCUACUCAACAAAUAAAGCCAGCUCGUCUGCUCAGAUAGAAACACCAAACAGUGAUGCUGUGAUUGCGAAAGUUGGUACUGUUGAAGGCCAUAGAACCUUCUGUGCUGCUAAUGUUGGCACUGGAACAUCUCUAAACCCUGAACAAGAAUCUACUCAAGGCGGUGAAUCCCCCAAAAAUGAAUCCAUUCCUGGCAAGUCUGUGAGAUAUAGUAGCAAGCAUACUGAUGGUUUAUCUGAGAACAUAUCUGGUACAGUCAAUGCAGAUAAGUUUCCUCCAGAGGAUAAGAAAGUCAGAUCACCCUCCAGCUGUCAGAGAAACUGGAGCAGCAGCUCCUCAUCAGAAUAUGAAAGGAGUAGAAAACAUUCUAGGCGACAUCGUUAUAGAAGCAGUGAUUCAUACAGUGACUCAUCCAGCGAUGAUCGUGAUCGCUACCAUUCCAGGUCAAAAGGAAAACGGAAAAGAUCCUCCAGGGAAAAGAGUAGUAGCAGCAGAAAACACUCAAAACAUCAUAAGCACAGAAGCAGGGACUCUCCCAGUAGGUCCCAUCAUGGUUCAGAGAGAGAACAUUCAGAAUCCAGGAAAGAGAAAAGAAAACGAAGGAAUUGAAAAUAAGCUCUAUUUGUUUCCCAAUCCCAUCUCCAUACAAAGUUUCCUGUUGUAUAGCAUACUGGAUCCAACACCAAAAUUUGAGGGAUAAUCAGUUUGUUUGAUGUUCUGGGGGAAGGGUUUCUCCAUGAAAUGUUGAUGGAGAUCCUACACUGAGAUGGUGCUUCCAGCGAGGCUUUCCUUUUGGGUCCAGAUGUUGUUGUGACUAAGGUACGAUCCAUGGAGGUAUGUACUUUUAUGAAGUGAACUUUUGGAAAUGAUGAUGCUUUAUUAAGGCAACUUCUGGGUUCUACUUUUGAAAUUAACUUGUCAAUGAUUUUCCUCCUUAAUAAUACAUCUAUGAACCAUUUGAUAGUAGUAUGGUAUUAUUUUGAGUUCCUCCCAGGUUAGUCCUCGUCAUAAGGUACAUUUGGAUUGUAGUUAGAGGUCAGCGGUGACGUUUUAUGAUUUGAGUACCGCCUAAAGUGGUGGAGGUGUCUUUGGUUCAGGGAUCUAAGUGGACCGACUUAAAUUUUUCUAGUAAAUUUAUAUUCCCCUGCAGUUAUUAUUAAU